AUGCUGUGGGUUACCUUGCUGAGCACCAUAGCCCUAGGAUGGAGCACCCCAAUCCCACUGCUGGAAGACUCGGAGGAGAUCGACGAGCCCUGCUUCGAACCGUGCUACUGCGAGGUCAAGGAAGGCAUCUUUCACGUCCACUGCGACAGCAAAGGAUUUACAAAUGUCAGCCAGAUCUCCCAAAUAUGGAGUCGGCCAUUCAAACUCAAUCUGCAGAGGAAUUCGAUGAGGAAGCUUUACUUUAAUAGCUUUCUCCAUCUGAAUAAUGCCAUAUCCAUAAAUCUGGAAAGCCUAGAAUAUCUCCAAGCGGACUACAAUGUCAUCAAACGGAUUGAGAGUGGAGCGUUUAGACACCUCCACAAACUGAGGGUGCUGAUUCUCAAUGACAAUCUGAUUCCGGUGCUGCCCAACUACCUGUUCCGCUCCGUUUCACUCACGCAUCUGGACUUGAGAGGGAACAGGCUAAAGACGUUACCGUAUAAGGGCAUGCUGGAGUACAUUGGGCGGAGUUUGAUGGAAAUUCAGCUGGAGGAAAAUCCAUGGAACUGCGUGUGUGAGAUAGUUCAGCUGAAAACGUGGCUAGAGAGGAUUCCCUACACUGCGUUGGUGGGCGAGAUCACGUGCGAAUACCCGUUCCACCUACAUGGAAAAGACUUGCGAGAGAUCAAGCGAAACAAGCUCUGUCCGUUGUUGUCGGACGCAGAGAUUGAAGUCAUGCUAGGGAUUCCGCGCAUCCACUUCAGCAACGAAAACACAUGGCCCACAAAACCCUCCUCCAUGCUGUCCUCGUCCCACAUCACAGCGUCCUCUGUGGAAUACCUGGGUCGCACCACCAAGCCCACCAGGCGACCCCCCAAAGCCACAAGGAAUCCGCCCACCCCUCGUAGCAUCUACCCCGGCUUGAACCAACCUCCAGUAGCCGGCUACCAAACCAGACCCCCCAUUCCAAUCAUAUGCCCUUCGGGAUGCAUUUGCAAUCUGCACAUCAAUGACUUGGGGCUAACCCCAAACUCGUUCUCCCUAAUGCCCUCCCUCCAGCUGGUUUUUCUUAAUGACAACGUGCUCCGUACCCUCCCCGCUGAUGUUUUUGCUGGCACCAACCUUGCACGUCUUAACCUUCGCAACAACUACUUCCCAUCCCUCCCUGUGCGUGGGGUUUUGGAGCACCUGACCUCUCUCGUUCAAAUCGACUUGCACCAGAACCCCUGGGAUUGCUCCUGUGACAUAAUCCCACUAAAGCAGUGGGUGGAGAAGCUGUCCUCUGUUAUUGUGGUUGGUGACGUCAUCUGCAAAACUCCAGAUUUCGCUGUAGGCAAGGACCUGCGCUCACUGGAGGUGGGGGUCCUGUGCCCAGAGCUUAAACUCUCUGGGCCUUCUCCCGCUCUGCCUGGGGACAAUCUAAGUGGCGGGGACUCUGACAUGGGAGAGGCAAGAGCAAGGGGAGCUGUGCCGCUGUCUGUCCUUAUCCUCAGCCUGCUCAUUCUUUUCAUCUCUGCUGUGUUUGUGGCUGCUGGACUUUUUGCUUUUGUUCUUCGCCGCAGGAAGAAUCUGCCCUUUAGGAAGCGUUCAGAGGUGGAUCUGACAGGGAUUCAAAUGCAAUGUCGGAUUUUUGAGGAUUCGCCAAGACCAAGCAGUUCUGGAAACAUUGCCACACCUGAAAAACCCACACCAACAUUGCACAGUCACAGCAGUCACUCUCAUGCCCAUGGGCAUGUUUAUGACUACAUCCCCCACCCGGUCACUCAGAUGUGCAACAACCCCAUCUACAAACCCCGCGAGGGGGAGAUAGCAGAGGAGGGCCGGCAGUUUACAGAGAAGAAAGACAGUGGCAGCAGUAGCAACAAUUACAGAACCUUAUUAGAGAAAGAGAGAGAGUGGACCUUGGCCGUGUCCAACUCUCAGCUCAACACCAUAGUCACAGUGAACCACAGCACUGCUGACAUGGCAAGCUUCCACGAGAACGGAGGGCUGUGCCCCACUGUCAUUGACAGUCAAAGGCCCACUCCCACAGUUGGCUUUGUAGACUGUCUGUAUGGGACUGUGCCCAAACUAAAGGACAUGCAUGUGGCACAUGCACACCCUCCAGGCAUGCAGUACCCAGACUUACAACAGGAUGCACGACUGAAGGAGACGUUGCUUUUUACGGCGGGGAAAGGCUGCUACCCCGAUCCGUCCCAAAGCGAUUACCUCGAGUUAAGGGCCAAACUUCAGACCAAGCCGGAUUACCUCGAAGUCUUGGAAAAAUCGUACCGGUUUUAA